AUGCAACGAUUUAGACAAGGAAGAACUUCAUUAGAAGAUGAUCCAAGAAUUGGUCGACCCGUAACCAGCAUUGCUGAUACAAAUAUUGAAGCUGUUCGCACGUUAAUUGAAGAAAAUCCACAUAUUAGUAUUCGCUAUCUUGCAUUUGAACUUGGUGUUUCAUAUGGAGCCAUUUGUGGUAUUAUUCAUGAUGAACUGAAAUUGAAAAAGUUAUGUGCACGAUGGGUUCCACAUGAACUGAAUGAACAAUGCAAAAAGCAGCGUGUGGAAAUCUGUCGAGCAAAUCUGGCCAAAUUAGAAUCCGGUCAAUCGCGAUUAUGUGAUAUUGUCAGUGCUGAUGAAACAUGGAUUUAUCAUCGUUCUAUUACUUCGAAACAAUCAAAUAUGACAUGGUAUGCUCAAGAUUAA